AGAGCUGCCCUAGCCUCCUCUGAUGGAGCUGCAGUGACCCCAAGAUAUUCAUUUGGUUCAUUUCUAUUUACCCAGGGAAGGAGUACUCAGUGGUAUGUGGACAUGGGGGCUCAAGGGGAUCCUGAGGGCUCAAGGGAGCAGCUGGAGUCAGGAGCAGGAAGUAAACAAUUUUCCCCUCUGAGUGCUCAGCCAGGCUGGAGCCUCAGCUGGCAUUGGGGCUGCCUGAGAUAGGGCACAGUGGUGGGUGUGGUCCUGGGGAUGACCUCUGAAUCUCAGGAGAGGACUGGAGGGCGGUCAGGCCUAAGAAGGGGAUGAGUAACUGGAUUCCGUGCUGCUGUUUUUCAGGAAGACAAAGAUACUACUUGCUUCACCUCUGGAUCCUCCUCACAGUGCUCAUCUUGGUCUUCUAUAGCUAUGGGUUCCUGAGCCAAAGAAGUGAGGAACUGGGAGACUCAGAGGCUGUGUCUAGGAUGUCCCAUGCCCAGCCAAAUGUUCUGACACCCAGUAGAAAAGAUGUUCUUGUCUUGACUCCAUGGCUGGCUCCCAUCAUCUGGGAGGGGACCUUCAACAUCGACAUCCUGAAUGAGCAGUUCAGGCUUCAGAACACCACCAUUGGACUGACCGUGUUUGCCAUCAAAAAGUAUGUGGUGUUCCUGAAACUGUUCCUGGAGACAGCAGAGCAGCACUUCAUGGUGGGACACAAGGUCAUCUACUAUGUCUUCACUGACCGUCCUGCCGAGGUGCCGCAGGUGUCCCUGGGGGCAGGACGGAAGCUGGUGGUGCUGACUGUGCGCAACUACUCCCGCUGGCAGGAUGUGUCCAUGCACAGGAUGGAGAUGAUCAGCGACUUCUCUGAGCGGCGCUUUCUGCAGGAGGUGGAUUACCUGGUGUGUGCAGAUGUGGACAUGAAGUUCCAAGACCACGUGGGUGUGGAGAUUCUCUCAGCACUCUUCGGUACCCUGCAUCCCGGUUUCUAUGGUAGUAGCCGAGAGUCCUUUACCUAUGAGCGCCGGCCGAAGUCCCGGGCCUACAUUCCCUGGGAUGAGGGUGACUUUUAUUACAUGGGGGCCUUCUUUGGGGGGUCAGUGGUGGAGGUGUACCAUCUCACCAAGGCCUGCCAUCAGGCUAUGGUGGAGGACAAGGCCAAUGGCAUCGAGGCUGUGUGGCAUGAUGAGAGUCAUCUGAAUAAGUACCUGCUGUACCACAAGCCUACAAAGGUGCUGUCCCCAGAGUACAUGUGGGACCAGCAGCUUCUGGGCUGGCCGUCUGUCAUGAAGAAGCUGAGAUAUGUGGCUGUGCCCAAGAACCAUCAGGCAAUCAGGAACCGAUAGCUGAGUUCCUGUUGGAGAGGCCAGGCUUAUAUCCAGGGUCACUCCAGGCUGUGUGGAACUGGGAAGAUUUGAGAGUCAUUUAUGAAGUGUCGCCAUCUACCCCACUUCAGGGUCUAGCAGGCCCAGUACCACUUGUCUUACCCUACACUGAGCCCCUGGAGUGGCAUCCACCCUCAGCUCCCACUGUGUCUCUAAGCUCCUUCUCAGUGACAUGUAGCAGGAGCUUGCAGAACAUGGGAGAAAUGCUGUCAUGCAGUUACCUGAGGGCCUGGGCAUCCCCACUCAGCCUGUCCCUCCCUCUGCUGAGAGGCUUGGCAGAUGGCCAGUGCCCUUAGGAAUAGGCAGGAGGUCAGGGAGACUCACAGUCUGCAGGCCUCAGAGGUGCUUGGCUCCUGCUCAGCCCAGCUGGCAGAUCAACAACCUGUGGCCAUUGCCUCUGCUCAGUUUUGGUUCAUUUGGGAAUAGCUAGUUAUUCAUCCUGGGAAUAGGUAUAUUUCUAGUAUGAGUAUAUAUUUUCUUUUAAAUUUUUUUUACAAUUAAUUUAUUUGUUUAUGUAUUUUUU